AAAAACUUCAUUUUUCUCUUCUACCUCAAUCUCAGUCCUCUCUCCCCCGUCUCAAUGGAAAAUCUCGAGCUUUCUCUCAUCAAUAUUUUUGCCCUAGCUUGGUUUUUCUCAUGAAUAAUCCUGGUGCGUCACUGAUUUCUUCUCUCAAUUUCGUUCGUGCUAGUCCAAAGCCAGGUUGACGAUAUCUAGUGACGAGUGGUGUCUAUAAAUGGAACAGGAGGUUCAAACAAGAUACUAAGAUCCUAGGCUAUGAUACCAAAUGAUAAGAAUCUCUUGGCAAAUUGAAGCAUCUUUGAAUAAUAACUGAUAAGGACCAACUUACAACCACCAAAAGUCCCUGCUCAAAAUGAGAUCUGCCCCAAGGGAAUAUUGAAGAAAACAGGUUACUUGAUAAUCAUUAGGGGGAGGGAAGUAAUCAGUUCUUCUGAACAAGCAACCAUUUGUUGGGAUUAAAGAGGAUGAGUCAGGCUGACCAAGGAAUCAGCUCUGAUAACUUGGUUGAUGUUCCCUUGAAGCGAAAACGUGGUCGCCCAAGAAAAUAUCCGAAGUUAAAUUAUGAUGAGAGCCUUCUUAUUGCAAAGAAUAGAGGUAAAAAACAUUUGGAGGCAAUUCCUAUUUCACCUGGUUCUGGAGUGAAUGGAAACCAAUCACAUCCAACAAUUCCAAUUCAAAGCCCAGCUGACGGUAUGCUGGGACAAGUUGUGUCUGGUGUCAUUGAGGCAGUAUUCGAAGCUGGAUAUCUGCUGUGUGUUAGGGUCGGCAACUCCGGAAUCACUUUGAGGGGUGUUGUCUUUAAGCCUGGGCACUAUGUUCCUGUUUCGGCUGAGAACGACGUAGCUCCAGAUGUUCAAAUGAUCCGAAGAAAUACAGUUCCUUUUGGUACCGGAAAUCAAACCCACCACCGGUCUAAAAAUGGAGAAGUCCCAUCCCAUGAUUCAUCAGGUGCCAAGCUGGGGUUCAUACAUACACCUUCGCAUUCGAACUGGGAUGCUUCAAAAGACAAAACUAUAUCGUCCAUAUUUGCCCAAAUUACCCCUUCAGGAAGCUCAAGAGGUAAUGUGAUCCCAGUUGUGCUACAACCUGCUAAAUCAACAAAUGGACCCUCAGUUGCGAAUGAAUCAUUUACAAUUCAAACUACUGAGGUGGAAUCCUCAAAAGGGAAAGAGGUUCUUGUAGGUACUUUUACCUCGAAUGAAUCAGCUCCCACCAACGUGACCAUUGGGAUUGAAAGCUUUCCUUUCCAACCCCAAACUAGCCAGCAGGUCCUACAAGAUGAUGCAUCAAUAGAAAAUAAUUCUCACAACCAAUCUUCGGUGGUGGAAGUGCAUGAUUCAGAAGCUAAAUCAAUGACAAUGCCUAGCACGCCUUUUGAGAAUCUUGUGACUGAAGUGAUCAAGAGAAUUCAAGCCCCCUCUCUGUCAGCUGAGAUCCAGACUGAGAAUAACAAAGAAACUGAAAAAUUGUCAGCUAAAGAAUGUGAAGAUAGCUCAGAGGUUGCAGCUAACAUUGUGGAUGGACCUUUGAUGAUUGAGCCCCUAAAAGCAGUGCAACCCCUUCCUGACAGUCCAGUGUCCAUUCCCAAAGCUCUGGAUGACGAGUCCAGAACUGGUAAAAUGACUGAGCUGUUACAGGUUUUGCAGGAAAACAUGAUGCAAAAUCCAGAGCCAUGGGCUGAAGUUCCGAACCCGGGUUUGAUGCUGAAGUCAGAUGAACCAGAGGAGUCGAAAACAGAGGUUGGGGAUGAAGAAGCUAGCAACCAAAACCAGAUCUGAGUAGAAAGUAAUAUUUUCGGUAUAGGGAAGGGGUAUCACAAGGUGUAGCUGUUUUCUGGAUGCUACCUCACGUCUAAUCUAACUUAGUGUAGUUGGAUGUUUCAUUAGAAAGUUAAUACAUUUUUCUAGUUGGGAUAUUUGGAUAUGGACAUUUUCUCCUUUGUGGGAGUAAGGUAGCUAAGAGCCUUAAAUUACAAGGUUUUUUUGGGCAGCUGGAUUCAAUAUGUGGAAAAAAAUUUCAUUGCCAAA